AUGUUCAAUUCGUGUGCAUUAUGUUUAGAAAAUCGAACGGUAUCACAAAGUCCGUUCGCGGCACACGUGUUGUCCUAUGCCCAUAAACACGUGGAUUGCGGUCAGCGCGUCAGGUGCGUCCGAGAUCCCUCGGGAACCCUGGCCACGCCUACUCAAAAUUUGUCCCUUCUGACGGAAGCUGCGAUACAGUGGAAGGAGGCGCGAGCGGCCAAUAGCAACGCU